AUGAGCCAGGACAGCAAAGUGAAGACGACAGAGUCCAGCCCCGCUGCCCAGGCCAAGGCCAGGAAGACGCUGCCUGUCCUGGACCCAUCUGGGGAUUACUACUACUGGUGGCUGAACACGAUGGUCUUCCCUGUAAUGUACAACCUCAUCAUCAUCGUGUGCAGAGCCUGCUUUCCCGACUUGCAGCAUGGUUACCUGGUGGCCUGGUUAGUGCUGGACUACACUAGUGACCUGCUGUACCUACUGGACAUCGUGGUGCGCUUCCACACGGGAUUCUUGGAGCAGGGCAUCCUGGUAGCGGACAAAGGUAGGAUCGCUAGUCGCUAUGUUCGCACCUGGAGCUUUUGUUUGGACCUGGCUUCCCUGGUGCCCACAGACGUUGCUUACGUGCGGCUGGGCCCGCACACACCCACGCUGAGGCUGAACCGCUUUCUGCGAGUGCCCCGCCUCUUUGAAGCCUUUGACCGCACUGAGACCCGCACCGCCUACCCCAAUGCCUUUCGCAUCGCCAAGCUGAUGCUCUACAUUUUCGUGGUCAUCCACUGGAACAGCUGCCUCUACUUUGCCCUGUCCCAGUACCUGGGCUUCGGGCGUGACGCCUGGGUGUACCCAGACCCCGCGCAACCUGGCUUUGAGCGCCUGCGGCGCCAGUACCUCUACAGCUUUUACUUCUCCACGCUCAUCCUGACCACCGUAGGCGACAUCCCGCUGCCGGAGAGGGAGGAGGAGUACCUCUUCAUGGUCGGCGACUUCCUGCUGGCCGUCAUGGGUUUCGCCACCAUCAUGGGUAGCAUGAGCUCCGUCAUCUACAACAUGAACACUGCGGAUGCGGCUUUCUACCCUGACCACGCGCUGGUGAAGAAGUACAUGAAGCUGCAGCAUGUCAACCGCAGGCUGGAGCGGCGCGUUAUUGACUGGUACCAGCACCUGCAGAUCAACAAGAAGAUGACCAAUGAGGUGGCCAUCUUACAGCACUUGCCGGAGCGGUUGCGGGCAGAAGUGGCUGUGUCUGUGCACCUGUCUACUCUGAGCCGGGUGCAGAUCUUCCAGAACUGUGAGGCCAGCCUGCUGGAGGAGCUGGUGCUGAAGCUGCAGCCCCAGACCUACUCACCAGGAGAAUAUGUCUGCCGCAAGGGGGACAUUGGCCGAGAGAUGUACAUCAUCCGCGAGGGUCAGCUGGCCGUGGUGGCAGAUGAUGGUGUCACGCAGUAUGCUGUGCUUGGUGCAGGGCUCUACUUUGGGGAGAUCAGCAUCAUCAACAUCAAAGGGAAUAUGUCUGGGAACCGCCGCACAGCCAACAUCAAGAGUCUAGGUUAUUCGGACCUGUUUUGCCUGAGCAAGGAAGACCUGCGGGAAGUGCUGAGUGAGUAUCCACAAGCCCAGACUGUCAUGGAGGAAAAGGGCCGUGAGAUCCUUCUCAAAAUGAACAAGUUGGACGUAAAUGCUGAGGCAGCUGAGAUCGCCCUACAGGAGGCCACAGAGUCCCGGCUACGAGGCCUCGACCAACAGCUGGAUGAUCUACAGACCAAGUUCGCUCGUCUCCUGGCUGAGCUGGAGUCCAGUGCACUCAAGAUUGCUUAUCGCAUUGAACGGCUGGAGUGGCAGACUCGAGAGUGGCCAAUGCCUGAGGAAUUGGCUGAGGCCGAUGAUGAAGGCGAGUCUGGGGAGGGAACUUCCAAGGAUGAGGAGGACAGGGCCAGCCAGGAAAGACCCCCAGGCUCAGAGUGACCCCAUCCCUAUCCCUAGGAAUCCAGA